AUGGACGUCGAGUCCUUUCAGAGAAGCCCCAGUUGGGCUUUGGCAACAAUUUGUAGGUAUCGUGCUAUCCUCGCAGCAUCACCAGCUAAUAAUACCUCGCCAGUUUCCGUCUCAUUCGCUUUCUUUAUUCCUUUAGCCACUUACGCAAUCUACUCCAACGAGAUCAGCAACUUGAUCAGAAGUAGAAAGCACAAGGAUAGUGAAGACGUCGAUGAACAACUUGUGAGAAGAGGAACGGGACUCUCUGUUAGGCGGACAUUUAACUCUGCAACUCUUCAACCGGCGGGGUCACCAAGAUACAGUGUGUCAGACGCUAGUGGCAGAGAGUCCUACCAGCUACGAGCGAGGAACACCUAUAAUGGCAAGAACGAAGAUGGUAGUGCAUCAAUUGGAAGCAAACCUCUAAUUAACCUAGAUAAUACUUUAUUUGCUUAUAUAUUUUUAACUUAA